AUGAGGGGUUUCCAGCUGCUACUCAUACUGGCAUUGCUUGCCGGAGAGUUGCACUGCGCAAGAACAGCAGCACCACCAGCAGAUGCACCGGAGACUGCACCAGAGUCUCCCGAACCACCACCAGCAGAUCAGCAAACGCCACCGCAGGCGCCUGGGCCAACACCUCCUCUUCCUCCUCCUCCUCCUCCACCUCCACCUCCACGACGGCGGGGAUCACCACAUCGACGACCACCGGCACCACCAAAGCAGGAUCCAGGACCACCGGCAGCACCAAACCAGGAUCCAGCACCACCGGAUCAGGAGGAUCCGGCACCGCCAAGGUUGGUUGUGCCACCACAGGACCCUGCUGGGGUGGCAGCGCCGGCACCACCUGGAAUGAUCAACCGCACCACGGGCUGUACUACACUCCUUGUACUUGGAGACUCAACCGUGGACCCUGGAAACAACAACCAUCUGCCAACCACAGCCAGGGCAAAUUUCUUGCCCUACGGCUUGAACUUCUACGGACGCAGGCCGACUGGCCGAUUCACCAAUGGCCGGUUAGCCACCGAUAUGUUAGCUGAGAAACUAGGCAUAUCGAGGAUUAUUCCAGGUUUCUUUGACCCGAAUCUGAGGUUGGCCCAGCUCAGGAGGGGUGUGAGCUUUGCAUCAGGCGGCUCCGGAUAUGACGACAGCACUGCCAACAGAAUAAAUGUGAUGUCAUUCUCUGCACAACUGCGCAACCUUUUCCGUUACAAGCUACUCAUCCGAACACUGCUUGGACCAAGAAGAGCAGAGAGACUUGUUAACAGGGCUGCCUUUGUGAUAAGCUCUGGUACAGAUGAUUUGCUUUCAGUCUAUCUUGCAACAAAUCGGUCAAAUGCAAUUAGUAUGGAACUGUAUGAGAAUCACCUGAUAGCACACGUCGCUAAUUAUACCCAGCCCAUACCAUAUGUCUCAGGCCAUGAUAAUGCUUGGAGGAAGGAGAUUUAUUUUUGUCGGACUGCCCCCGAUGGGUUGCUUGCCAAUUUCCCGAACUUUGGUGGGCACAGGAUCAGACAGAUGCGACGAGACAUUGAAUCAGCUCGCAACUUCAUUCAACUCAAAGCUGAUUCAACUGUUGAAUUUCAUAAAUUUUCAGCACCAGAUAAGAACUUCAUACAUAGACACCUAUACUACUAUACAUUCCGCGACGGUGGAUCCUAA